AUGGAACCAAUUCCCGACGCAGUUGAAGCGCCUGGCUUACCAAGCCCAAACUCAACCUCUUCUUCUUUCGCUCCAUCUUACCAUCCAGUAGACCUGGCCCUUCACUCAUCCCAGCCAUCCUACUCGUCGCACGACGAGGACGAAUCUGACGACGGCAGUGGGGAUGUGUGCGAACAAGAUAACGGUGACGGCAACCUCCGCACCCAUCAGACUGCGGCCAUCCCUGCUUCAUCCGCCUCGCGGAAGAAACCCCCGACGCAUUGGACGACCCUAAAGGCUUGUGAAGGGUUUGACCUGCGCACAUGGGUUUCCGCAUCGGGAAGCGAGCAAAAGACAACAAUAGCAUCAACCUCAACGUCUUCAUCGCCCUUGUUCCCACUCUCCUCCACACCAGACUGCGCCUCCCGGCAUGCCACUUUCCAUCCCUUCCCGGAUUUGCCCUACGAGCUACGUUCUAAGAUCUGGCGCAUGCACCUCGAAUGGCCGCGCAUCGUUGUGAUACGCGGCGUCAUGGACUGCAGCUCCGGCGAAGAGGCUUCCGGUAAUGAGUUUGGCAAUGUCGCCUGCAACGCACACUGGUAUUGUGAAAAUAGGAGUCCCGUCCUCCUUCGUGUCUGCUCCGAAUCCCGCCGCGAGGCCUUGUCCUUUUUCAGGAUCCAUCUGCCCAUGCGGUCCCCCGAUCCUGACCGCCACGGCUUUCCGUACCUGAAUCAGCGAAACCCAGCGUGGGACCGGAUCUACAUCAACCCUGACUGGGAUCUUGUGCUGUACCAAGGAGCCAGCCGCUCAUUGACCAUGCCCAUCCUUGCCAGUGACCUGUUGGCGUACGAUCCCAAGGGAGAGGGCGUUGUUCACUACGGCUCCAAUGACUGGCCCCAGAGCAUCUGGCAGGUCAACCCGGAUCCCGGCUUCGGUAUGGCAACCCUGAAUGAGUCCAUGGCCUUCCUCAAAAGCUUCGUUCUUUGCACGAGAUCUACGUCAGACAUGGUCCGUCCGCUCGGCGAAGGCUACGUGCACGCCGUGACAGGUGAGGUCGGCCAGGCUGGCAUGCAGAUGGUCGACUGGGCGGCGCACUCGCGCAUGCUCAUGCGAACUCCAAGUAAUAGCAUGAUCCGUAAGGCUCUGGCCAUUGGAAAGAAUGUAGAGCGGUCAGUUGUCGACGACCUAGUUACCGUCGAGAUGACCACACGCAUCCGCAAUAUCCCCCUGUCCAACGCCCUCGCUUCAUCAACGACGGGCUGGGUGCUCCAGCUGGCAUGGCAGCCUCCAGACCGCAAAAUUUCCCAUGUCAUGCACAUAACCACGGGUCCGCUGGUGGUAUGA